AUGGUUGAUGCUGGAUUUGGAGUCGUGCCCCUCGGGAUCCCGGGUUCGCCGGCCCCAUUCUCUCUACACUUUUCCGACGCGGAUCUAAAUCAGCUAUCCAGCCUCGUUCAGACAGCCGUUAUAGGAGCUCCCUCGUUUUAUAACACACACAGCGUGGCCGACAGUCCUGACUAUGCGUUUGGAGGGACACGGGACUGGUUGGCAGAUGCGGCAGAAGAAUGGGUCAAGACAUUCGACUGGCGGGCCCACGAAACGUACUGGAACUCCUUUCCACAGUUCACCAUCAACGUGACCGCCCCUUCAGAUGGCCAGAUCUUCAAUCUCCAUUUUGCAGCACUAUUCUCACGCAAUCCGGACGCCAUUCCGAUACUCCUUUCACACGGCUGGCCCAGCUCGUGGAUCGAGUUCAUCCCGAUCCUCGAACUCCUUACGACCAAAUACACCCCCGAGACGCUCCCGUACCACAUCAUCGCCCCCUCCAUCCCGGACUACGGACUGUCCACUCGUAGCAAUCUCACCGGGACGGAGCUAGACUUCCACACAGCUGCCGAGGCGCUGAACGGGCUGAUGAAAGCACUGGGGUUCGACGCUUACGUCGCCCAAGGCGGGGACGUCGGAUCGGGUCUGACGGCGACCCUCGGGGCCGUCUAUGAUGAAUGCAAGGCCGUCCACUUUAACAACUUCCUUCUCACUUCUUCGGAGCGAGCCGGAGUGGCACACCUCCCAGUCACGCGAGAGGAGAACACCACGUUCGCCCUUGGCGCGCAAUUCCUCUACGCGGGGACUGGCUACCUGCUAGAACAAGGGACGAAGCCCGGCACAAUCUCGCUGGUGCUCAUGACGAACCCCGUAGCGAUGCUGGGAUGGAUCGGCUCCAUGUACGCCGAAGCCUCGAAGUACUCGGUCGAUACAAUCCUGCAGCAGGUCACCUGGUACUGGCUCACCCAGUCGUACGGCCGCUCGCUGUGGUCGUAUCGAUCUGCUUGGGCCGCCAUCCUGCGAGAUGAUAGUCGAAAGCUGCCGUCGCCUCUUGCUAUUACGACGAAGCCACUGGGGUAUUCCUGGUACCCGGGCGAGGUGCUGGGCGUGGCGAAGUCCUGGAUGGAGCAUUGGUUUCCGGACAAUUUGUGUUUCUACAGGGCGCAUGAGAGUGGGGGGCAUUUCGCCGCUUUCGACGAUCCCGUCGGCUUUUUGCAGGAUAUUGAGGAUUUCGUGGCCGUUGUCAAGACCAAGGUCGAGUUCUAG